AUGUCCCACCAGCACAGUCUGCGGAUGCCGGCCCCUCAAGCGGCGCGCUACUGCGACACGGACUGUCAGCGUGCAGAUUUCCGCGCGGGCCACAAAGACGAGUGCAAGGGUUUCGCACGUCUCCCAAACACCAUGGCGUUCCAAUACGAGCCCAACCCCGAGGAGCGCUUCCCGCACCAUCCCAUCUUUGCGCACGCACACGCCGAUGAUGUGGGGUGCUGGGUCACUGUCGAUGGCCGCGUCGACGGCGAGUAG